GAAUAAGAGGAUUACCAUGAAUGGUGAGUGACCAUCAAGAGACAAUGACUUCCUCUUUGAUAAAAUCAUUGACAAAAAUGGAAAAACAGGUUUGAGGAAGUUACCACGGACAAGUGUGUUUAUGUUCAAAGGCACAGUGGGUGUUCUUUUAAUAGAUGCAGUUUGACCUCAUUUUUACUCACUCCCUGGCAUCAGCAAAAUUAGUCAACCUGUAGAUUUUGCUGGAUGCACACUACUGGAUGUAAGAGUGUCUUGUGAAAGUCUGUUGAAUUUUUUGUAAAUAUAGCAACAAAUAUGCCUGACAGUGAAGAAAUGAAGAAUGAUGAACAAAAGUGUCAAGCUGCUGAAGCUUCUGGCUCUGCAGCAAUCAAUUGUGCUUCCCCGUCAUUAGAAAAUCAUGAUCAAGAUAGCCUUGAAAGGGCUCGGAGCUUUAUGUUGGAUGGCUGGGUUGCUGCAUCGCCUCCAAAAUUUGUUUCUUUAGAGGAAAUUAUAAAAGCAGCAAAAGGCAUGCAAAACAUGGCUCUAGCGCACGAAAUCGCUGUUGACAAAAAUUUUAAAAUAGACAAACUGGAGCCAGAAGACGAUACGUUGCAUAAAAAAGUCAAAGAAAUCAUGCACAAAGUAUUCUGGGAUAUUUUGGCUAAUGAACUGUCACAAGAACCACCAGUGUUUACUCAAGCUUUGAGAUUAUUAGGAGAAAUUAAAGAGUCUCUUGAUGAACUACUUCUUCCACAUAAUGCUAGAUUAAAAGAAACAAUCAAUCAAGUUCUUGAUGUUGACCUGAUUAAACAGCAAGCAGAAAAUGGUGUUUUAGAUUUUUCGCAUUAUUCUCAAUAUGUAACUUCUAUAAUGGCAAAAAUCUGCGCUCCCGUGAGAGACGAAAAAAUCGAAGAAAUAAAAAGAUGUACCGAUGUAAUCGAUACUUUCAAGGGAAUAAUGGAAGUUCUUCAAUUGAUGAAGUUGGAUUUGGCAAAUUUCACAAUUAACAUGAUAAGACCGAACAUAGUUGCAUCGAGUAUUGAAUAUGAAAAGAAAAAAUUUGCUGAAUUUUUGAAAAUUCAAACAGAUGGACUCUUUUACACUAAGAAAUGGUUAUUGCAGCACCUAAAUCAAGAAGUAAUAAACUCAGCUACUACAGAUAUCAAUUCUGUUAAGAAAAUAACACACUCCCUUUUGGCUGAAGCUUAUUUGGACUUGUUAGAAUUUGACUCUUCACCAAAUGCAGAAACUUUAAUGCUAGAUCAGGGAAGAUUACUAGAUUUACGUAAUAAGACUAGUAGAUUGGCUAUCACUGGCUCAAUUUUAUUACUUUUGAAACCUCUUUCGUGUUCACUAACUGAUCCAUGCAAACAAGAAAUAAAGGAACAUAUUUUAGUUUUGCUGAAUACUACUGUGUCAAACAAAGAUUUGGAAGAAGUCAUGCCAAAUAUCUUAGUUCAGGUAAAAGCAGAUAUUAUGAAGGCGUCUCCAAAUUUAUCAAAUGUUGCUGACAUUCCAGAACAAAAUGUAUUAUCGAUUUUGGAAAAUCAAAUGAUAAAACUUCCCAAACCUGAGCAUAAAAUUCGCGAACUCGUCACAUCGAGAAUACGACAUUUCUUAAGAAAUAUCAUCGUAUCACAAACUGCAGCCCCACAGCAGAUUCCGCCUGGACUGUCACCACUUCAAAAAGAACUGACUGAUGUAGCAGCUCAAUUUGCUAUAUUAUUUUCGCAUAAUAGGAGUGUCUUUGGUGAAUAUUACCAAGAUAUCGUUGGUACAGCCAUCAACGAAAAAAAAUCAAGCUAUAAUAAUGCAAGGGCAACGGAAACGAAUUCGUAAAUUUUUAUUACUUUGUAUUUAUAAAUAACGUACCACUGUAUCCUUCAUAAGGACAUAGAUCGUUUGGGAUUUAAAAAAUGCUAACGACAGGCAUGCAUUCUGUACAAAAAUUGCUGUUAUUUCCAUUGUUCAAAAAUGUUUUAACUAAACUGAAUUACGUUUGAUCAAAUUAUUUUCGAGAUUAUUUUUGCUUAAAUAAAAAUGGUAAUAUAUUUAUUAAUUUAUUCUGGGUAACGUAACUCGAUAGUGAAGAUUACUAUGGUAU